AUGAGUAGUAAAAUAAAAGGAGAGGAUACGAGCCCGGAGCAGGAGGCAAUCGAAUCAUUCACCUCGCUGACCAAAUGUGACUUCAAAGUAUCCAGGAAGUACUUACAGCGUAAUCACUGGAACAUCAAUUACGCUCUCAAUGAUUAUUAUGACAAGGAAAUAGGGACAUUUACUGACGACGUUUCGGCUCCGGUUCAUCCAGUUAUAUACCCGAAGGAAUUAAUACAGGUAUUUGAACACUACAGCAGUAACAAUUUGUUCGAUAUAGACUCACUGAUCAAGUUCAUUGAAGACUUAGGCUACAACCUGGAUGAUUUAGUAACGUUAUGUUUAGCGCAUUUACUAGGGUACAAGAAACUAGAAGAACCUUUAAAACGAGAGGACUUCCUGUCAAUAUGGUUUAUGCAAGGCUGUUCCACAAUUUCAGAGAUGCGAGAGUGCACCACGCGGUUAAACGUUAAAUUACAUGAAGACUUACAAUAUUUCACCCAAAUCUACAACUACGCUUUCCAUUUAAUUCUGGACUCGAAUCGCAAAGAUAUAGACACAGACGAAGCUAUUCAGUAUUGGAAGCUAUUUUUACAACCAGAGUACCCAGUGUGUAUGGAACCAGACUUGCUUGAGGCAUGGUUCCUUUUCCUUCGCGAUGAAGGGAAAACCACAAUAAGUAGAGACACAUGGCGUAUGUUGCUCCUCCUUUUCAAGCGAUACCCCGCUAUUCAGACAAUAAUGGACGAUUACGACGAAACUGCAGCCUGGCCAUUCAUUAUCGAUGAGUUCUACGAGUACUUACAAAAUCAGCAAUGA